CCCCAUGGACUUACUGGGCCCCAUGGAGAUGACGGAGGGCUCCCUCUGCUCCUUCGCGGCUGCUGAUGACUUCUAUGAUGACCCGUGCUUCAACACAUCGGACAUGCACUUCUUCGAGGACCUGGACCCCCGGCUGGUGCAUGUGGGGGGCCUGCUGAAGCCCGAGGAGCACCCGCACCACCAUGGGCACCCACAUGAGGAGGAGCACGUCCGGGCACCCAGUGGGCACCACCAGGCCGGCCGCUGCCUGCUGUGGGCCUGCAAGGCUUGCAAGAGGAAGACCACCAAUGCCGACCGCCGUAAGGCUGCCACUAUGAGGGAGCGGCGGCGGCUCAGCAAGGUCAAUGAAGCCUUUGAGACCCUCAAGCGCUGCACCUCCACCAACCCCAACCAGCGCUUGCCUAAGGUGGAGAUCCUGCGUAAUGCCAUCCGCUACAUCGAGAGCCUGCAGGCGCUGCUGCGGGAGCAGGAGGACGCUUAUUACCCAGUGCUGGAACACUACAGCGGGGAGUCGGAUGCCUCCAGCCCCCGCUCCAACUGCUCUGACGGCAUGAUGGAGUACAGCGGGCCUCCUUGCAGCUCUCGCAGAAGAAACAGCUAUGACAGCAGCUACUACACAGAAUCACCAAAUGAUCCAAAGCAUGGGAAGAGUUCUGUUGUUUCCAGCCUCGAUUGCCUCUCAAGCAUUGUAGAGAGGAUUUCCACAGAUAACUCCACAUGUCCUAUACUGCCUCCAGCAGAAACUGUUGCUGAAGGGAGUCCCUGUUCCCCCCCAGAAGGAGCGCGUCUGAAUGAUAGCGGAGCCCAAAUUCCUUCCCCCACUAACUGCGCCCCACUUCCCCAGGAUAACAGCAGCAGCAGCAACCCUAUCUACCAAGUACUAUAAAGACAGGUCCAGCUGGACUGCACUGAAAACAAAUUGCUCCAUUCAGCCAUGCUCCAAGACCUGCCUUCUAAGACUGAAAAAAAUUCUUAAGACUUGUCCCAGUUUUAAAAUAUCACUCAAAAUUCCUUCAAAUAUAUAACUUUUCAAGCCUGUAUUACUUCAAAUUAAACCUAGUUAUUUAUUGGUUGUUAAACUAAAGUUAUUUAAUAUGUCUAGAGAUAAAAUUGUAUACCAUGAAAUGGCCAAUGUUUAAUCUGGGCUUUGGGGAAUAGGAGACCUGGCUAUUGAAUGUGGAGGAGAAUAGAAAUCUACAACAGUGGUGGCAUGACAGAUCCUUCCUAUUACUCCUGUUCUG